UUUUGUCGGGUUAAAGUCAAAUUUGUGAGGGAUGCAAAGAGAAAGCAGUGGGUGAGUUCAAUUCUACCUAGCGAGGUACGAAGAGCCGUGUCCUGACAGACUCAGGGACGAAGGGAGAGGAGACAAGCAGGCCUCGGUCCCCCCCCACCCCCAAAAGGCAACUCACCGACUUUCCCAGCUACUGUGGUGAUCACAUCAGAUUCAGAUCAAACUAUAUUUGUGUCCUAGUGAAGGGGGAGAAUCUGCCAGGAAAGUUCCUCACUCAUUAAUUAAUUCCCGCUCCCCAGUCCCACGAGAUUGAUAUUUUUUCUUUCCAUAAAUUUGAAUCGAGUUUAAAACACAGAUAUUUAAAUAGCCCUAGUCUAUAAGAAGGCCACCAGAGGUACUGUGGUUCAGAUGCAGAAGAGAAAGGUUGAAGAGGCAUCGGGAGCUAAGCGAUAAGUGUUGAGAGAUAGACAUGGCGAUAGAGGAAGUUGGGAGCUAUGAUCAGGCACUGCCUCUGCUCUCAUUGAAUCACGUCUCUUUGUUGUGCAGAUCUGUGAGGGACUCUCUGCGGUUCUAUGAAGAUGUCUUGGGCUUUUGCAUCAUCAAACGCCCCUCUUCUUUUGAUUUCAAUGGUGCUUGGCUGUUCAACUAUGGGUUUGGGAUACACUUGUUGGAGAACCCAUCAGACGACGACUCCUCCACCAUUAACCAAUCAAGGCGCAUUAAUCCAAAGGAUAAUCACAUCUCCUUCCAAUGCACUGAUGUUGGGCUUGUGAAGAAGAGGCUGCAAGAAAUGGAAAUCAAGUAUGUGACAGCGGUGGUCGAGGACAAAGGGAAUACUGUGGAUCAAGUGUUCUUCCAUGACCCAGAUGGUUAUAUGAUCGAGCUUUGCAACUGCGAGAACAUUCCGGUCAUCCCCAUCUCGCCCUGUGCAUUCAAGCCCGAGACGAGAACAAGCUUUAAAAGGAUGGCAUAUAACAAAUGUGGGUUCAUGGAGACUCUGAUGAUGGAGAGCUUGAGCAGGGAUAUGAUGAACUUCUCAUUUUAAUUAAGCUGUGAGAAAAGGCUGAAUAAACACUGGUUAUUCAACUCAAAAGAAAGGUCCUGCCUAGCUUGCACAAAAAAGGUUCUGAGUUGCAAGUGCACUUUUAAUGGUCUUAAAUUUUCCUUGUUUUAAGUGUAUUAUUUGUCCGUAAAAAAAAAAAAAUGUAUUAUUUGGAUGAGGAUCUGUACUGCUGCUGAGGUUUUCUUAGUUUAAAUGAGAUGUACUCUGUGUUAUAUGCCCUAAAGAUGUGGGGAAUGAUGAAUAAAACUUCUCGUAUUAACUUACAA